UCGUGGGGCGUAGAGGAAAAGGGGAAGCAAUUAAGAGGAGAGAGGAAAAGGAAGGGAAACUUCAUUUUCUGUGACUCAGCCAAAAUCAUUUGCUCUUGCCUCUCUCUUUAUACACUCCUCCCGAAGAAGCUGAUGGAGAACCAUCCAAGGAGGCGCAGGAUGGCGAGCCGAUUCCGGCUGGCAAUUUGUGUCCUGGCCCUGAUGCUCGAGGUUGCAGCUCCUCAAGGGACCGUGUGCCAAGCCCCCAAUGGCAGGGACGGGCACCCCGGGGUCCCAGGCCUGAACGGGAGGCAAGGACAAAAAGGUGAUGUUGGUGAACCAGGGAAGGCUGCAAGGAGCACAGGGAUACGGGGACCCAAAGGUGACCCAGGUGAGCCUGGCCCACCUGGCUUGCCCGGGAACCAGGGUUACCAUGGUCCACCUGGGCCCAGCGGCCCUCCUGGUGAACUAGGAGAAAAGGGUGAGAAGGGACAAGUGAGCAACAUGGCCGAGCAACCCAAGCCAGCCUUCUCGGCCUCUCGGAGCAAGCCAGCUGCGAACGGCAACGUUGUGGUCUUUGACAAGAUCAUAACCAACUCAAACAACAUCUACAGUGGGGAGAUGGGGGUGUUCACCUGCAGAACCCCCGGCUACUAUUACUUCACCUUCCAAGUCAUUUCCACCGGCAACCUGUGCCUCACCCUCAAGCACAAAGAAGCCUCCGUGGCCACCUUCUGUGACACCAACAGCCAAGGCCUCCUGCAGGUCAACUCGGGCGGCAGCGUCCUGAAGCUGAACGAGGGCGAACGCGUCUGGCUGGAGACAGACCCCCAGGCGGGCAGCGCGGUCUAUGACGGCACCGAUGCCGACAGCGUCUUCAGCGGCUUCCUGCUCUUCCCAUCCGAAUGAGGAGGAUGGCGUGGAGAAGUCCCAACCUCUUGUGGCAACGCUACCGGGACCGCUCUGCAAGGCUGUUGUGUGUGGGUGUAGGUAUGCUUUCCCCAGUCCCCCGUCUAUGCCACUUCUGCAUGCUGUAUCUCUCUUCCUUGGUGCACAAUAAAUAUUGAGAAUUACCA